AUGAGAAGAGAUCCACAAAGAAGCCCAAAGCAAACAAAAGAAGAAAAAAUAUCUCACACUCAGGUGCCAGAGUCAAGUGGUACCGAAACUCCAACGUCAGAGCCGAUUGACGAGAGAGGACACCUCCAAGCAAAGCGCCACGAGCUCUCGACUCCAACAUCAGAGACCAUUGAUGAGAGAGGACACCUGAAAGCACAAAGCCGACAGCUCUCGAUAACUGAGCGUAACGGUCAAGAUAGACUAGCUCAAACUGGCGGAAUGGGGAACCCGAGGGACACCAGCAGAAACGUGCUGCCUCAGAGGGAGAACGGAAAGCCAUCCCCGAGGGACACCAGUUUACUGCCUCAGAGGGAGAAUCGGAGGGACAACGGCAAAGACUUGCUGCCUCAGAGGGAGAGCCACAGGGACACCAGCAGCCUGCUGCCUAAACUCUCCCACCAGACCCAAAGUCGAGAAAUGAGGGAGAACCGGAGGACCACCAGCUCAAAUUCACUGCCUCCAUCCUCCCGAAAGGCUGAAGGUCAAACCCAAGGUCGAGAAAUGAGGGAGAGUCAACGGGACACCAGCCAAAAUUUGCUGCCACAACUCUCCCGAAAGGCCGAAGGUCCAACAGCACCGUUACUUGAUAGCGGAACUUUCAAACAUCCAGCUCUUCAGAGGGAGGACAAUGUGGGAACCUGUACAAUCCAAACACUGAAGACCCACAAAUCUCUCUCUCAAAAGCGCAAGCGAGGGAGAGAUGACAGGGAAGAAAACACAGCAAGUACCCUCGACCAAAAGCGUCUUGAAUUUGAAUUAACUUUGCGUUCUUACAGGACAGUAAUUGCAAGGGAAGUCCAUGCAGAAGAACUAGUGGACAAAUGCAUCACUGCCAAUCCAAUGGCUUUUGCAGCGACGUUAGCAGAUGAGGAUACGAUGUACCUGCACCAAGCGAAGAAAGAAAAAGAUUGGAUUCACUUCCACACCGCAAUGGUCAAAGAGAUUGAAGAUCAUACAAAAGGAGGUCAUUGGGAGAUAGUUCCACGAAAAUCUAUGCCACAAGGGCACAAAGCGAUGCGAGGUGUUUGGUCAAUGAAACGAAAACGCCGUGUUGGAACUGGCGAAAUUUACAAAUGGAAGGCACGACUAUGCAUUGAUGGGAGUUCACAAGAAAAAGGCGUGAAUUACUGGGAUACGUAUUCACCAGUUGUUGCAUGGGAAACGAUUCGCAGCCUACUGACACUCGCCCUAAUGAAUGGUUGGACAACGCGACAAAUCGACUUUGUCCUUGCAUUCCCACAAGCCGAAGUUGAGUGCCCAAUGUACAUGGAAAUUCCGCGAGAAUGCUAUGUGGACGGGUCAGAAUACAACGAACAAAAUGUUCUUUUAUUAAAGAAGAACCUUUACGGGGCCAAGCAGGCAGGCAAGGUAUGGUUCGAUUUUCUCCGCAAGGGGCUGAAGGACAUUGGUUUCAAACAAUCGAAGGUCGACAAAGCAGUCUUCUAUAAGGGCGAGACAAUUUUUAUCGUUUAUGUGGACGAUGCAAUUUUGAUGGGUCCAAACGGACGUGAAAUUAAUGACGUCAUCAAACGGCUCGGACAAAAGUACAAAUUAAGGGACGAAGGCGAUUUGAACGAAUAUCUUGGAAUCAAGAUGACCAAGACGAGCGAAGGUCGAGAAUUGACCCAACCCGCCUUGAUCCAACGCAUUCUUGAAACGGUAAACAUCGACCUGGACCGCAGAGCACGACGAGAAGUCAGAACACCAGCAAACAAAGUUUUACACAAAGAUGAAGGUGGGCUGACGCGUCAACUUCAUUGGGACUAUCGUUCUGUAAUUGGAAUGCUAAAUUGGCUGGCAAGAUCGACGCGACCUGAAUUGAUCUUUGCGGUUUCUCAAGUAGGACGAUUCAUGGCCUUUUCCAAGAGAUCCCACAAGGACGCCGUAAUGAGAAUCUGCUGUUACCUUCGCGACACACGCGACAAGGGUAUGUUCAUGAAGCCAAGAUCUGAAAAGGGCUUUGAAGUAUAUGCGGACGCAGAUUUUGCGGGCGGCUUCAACAAACACAGCGCCGAAGACCCAGCAACCGCAAAAUCGCGAACAGCGUACCAUAUCAUGUUUAACAAUUGCUUGAUCUAUUCCCAUUCCAAGAUGCAAACAGAGAUCGCUUUAAGCACCAUGGAGGCCGAAUACAUCUGUCUUUCCCAGGCACUGCGAACUGUGCUCGUUUUAAUCCGAUUUUUCAAAGAACUCGCAAAAAGAAUCAAAUCUUUCAACUAUACCAAACCGAUUUUCAAAUGUAAAGCUUUCGAGGACAACAAUGGAGCAAUCGAACUCGCGACAGCCGACAAACUUCGCCCACGCACCAAACACAUGAAUAUCAAGUAUCAUCACUUCAAGAAAUCGGUCCGCAAAGGGGAAGUUUCCAUUCAGAAAAUCGACACAAAAGAUCAAUUGGCCGAUAUCUGA